CGUGCCUGUACAGUGUGCCUGUACGCAUCGCUCCAGGAGAUUCUCAGACACCGGAUCGUGGUCGUCUCAACUGCACGUCGCUGCUGCACCCAACGCCAUCGCCGCGACAGCGUGCGGCACCGCUGCACUGCCGGUGUCAAGCUGCAGCCAUGGCGGACGUGCAGCCAACACAACAACCCAAAAAGCGUCCCAAGAAACCGCCGCCCGCGACGGAACGCGCCGACCUCGCGACGCUCUACUGUUUGCAAGCCACCGCUCGCUGCGCUCUAGAUGGCUGCGCGGUCUGCGCGCACCGGAUCUGCCAGCACGGCGCGCCCGGCCGGCCGCUGCCGCCUCCACAAAGACCCGAGAGCUGUCCUAGGGUCGUAGAUGAGAGUCCCGGACCGGAUUUAGGACAGCUGUACGGCGGCUGUCGCGUCCUUACCGUGGGUGACGGAGAUUUAUCCUUCUCCGUGGCGCUGGCCGAGCGCGGCGAGUGUGCGUCGUUGACCGCGUCCACGCUAGAACCGGACCUGGAGACUUUGCAACGAGAGUACGAUGGUUUGGAUGUGCGCGGCCACGCGAGGCGCAUCGACGACGUGAGGUACGGCGUCGACGCGCGGCGCCUCUCAUUUGAUGAAAGUUUCGACCGCAUCGUCUUCAACUUCCCGUGCCUGCCCGUCUCUGAUGGAAAAGACGGGAACUCGGAAGGUUCCGGGAAGGCGGACGCUUCGGCCAUCGAAGAAAACAAGGCAUUAGUACGGGCCUUCGUGCGCUCAGCAGUGCCGCUGCUCGCGCCGGGCGGCGAGAUUCAUGUAGCGCACAAGACCAAGGAGCCGUUCAGUUGGUGGGGCUUCCCGUGUUUGGUCUCUCAUGCUCUCCUGACGUACCGCGGCGCGCUCGUCUUCGACCGCGCCGCCUACCAGCCGUACGCGAAUCGCAAGGCGCGCGACCGCAAAUCAUUCUCUGCUAUCGACGCGGUCGUGUACGUCUACGCGCGGGACGGCGCCGGCGCGCCGCCGACGCUGCCUCCUCUCGCGUCGUCGAACGGGGCGCCGUCACCAUUCUACGAGGGCGCCUUGCCACCCGCGCGGGAUGUCGUGACGUCGCGGCGCGUUUGUCGAGUUGUGCGCCUCGACGCGGAGCUGAUGGCGCGCGUCCGCGAAGCCUCUUUGGCUGCGGCUUCGGCGUCGUCGCGGAAGAAGCGGCGGAAGAAGCGGUGACGAGACGAGCUUUUUUGUUGUAAUUUUGAUGUGA